AUGUCGUUAUUACGUGAUCGAGGGCAAUGGUUAUUGCCACUUUGUCUCGGACAGAUCUUAUCUCUUUGCAUUACUGGUACCAGUGUUGCAUCCUCGGCAUUAUGGACACGCUAUUCCAUCAGCAUACCUUACACUCAGAAUUUUUGUACAUAUUUGGUUUUGUUCGUCGUGCAUACUUUGCGCUUUCAUCGCAAGAACAAAAAGAGGAGCAGCCAUGGCAACGAUCUCGACGAUCAAGAACAUGAACAACAAUCACGCAACAAUCCUUGGUAUUUCUUUGGCUUCUCUUUUGCAGACGUCCAAGCAAAUAUCCUGGCUGUUCUUGCGUUCAAAAGCACUUCGGUUCUUUCAGCACUUAUUGUCUCGUCUUGGACUCUACCAUGCAUUAUGCUUCUUUCAACUUUAUGCCUCGGGUACCGGUACCAGAUCGGUCAUUUCGGCGGUGUUGUCUUGUGUCUCUUGGGACUUUUUAUGCUUAUUUGGGCUGAUACCAUGUCUGAUGAAGCUUCAACAAAUAACCAUAGCUGGAUCGGUGAUCUGAUUUGCUUGAUUAGUGCGACCUUAUAUGCUAUUAGCAAUGUUACUGAAGAAUAUCUAGUGAACCGUUGCUCUACAGAAGAAUUCUUAUCGCGAGCAGGUUUCUGGGGCUCUAUCUUGAGUGGGAUUCAAGCCUUAACAUUUGAACAUGCUGAAUGGCUUUCAAUCGAUUGGCAAUGGAAUGCUGUCGGUUUGAUUUUGGUCUAUAUAGUAUGCUUGUCAUCCAUGUAUUCGCUUGGCCCCACGCUCUAUCGAAUAUCAAACGCAACAUUCAUCAGCAUGAGCUUAAUCACUGCUAAUUUCUACUCCUUGUUAGCAGGCCUACUUUUUUUGGAUGCCAAGAUGCCACCUUUUUACCCAUUAGCUUACAUCCUUGUCAUUUGCGGUGUCACCUUAUACAAUUUAACUACUCCUCCACGAACAAAUCAUAACGAAUACCAAUGUAUAAAGAACGACAGCGAAUCCUGA